GUUUGACAGCCGCGCGCUGCAUGCCGGGAUAUAUCACGCUCUUGUUUACAAGAUAGUAGAGAGGGUAUUUUGCUCUGACUUACAAACAAAAACGUAUUACGUUGCCACACUUGAGCUUUCUUCAGGCUACGUGUCGCUGAACAAAUUGAAGGUAUUUGACACGGAGCGUCGCAGACUCGAGCGGACUGAAUCUCGCUGAAACAGCAGCCCGCAGACUGACUGAGGACAUUUUUUUGCACCGUCACUGACAGACAGACAGACAGGACUAUAUCACUGUUCAAAUCACAGAGGACUGUAAAUUAGGCCUGCAGGAGGGUACCUGAAUCCAGCCGAAUGAACAGAGCGGCUGCAAAGCAUCUAAUUGAGCGCUACUUUCGGCAGUUAACUGAAGGCUGUGGAAAUGGCGACUGCACGAAUGAGUUUUGCGCAUCAUGCUGUGAUUUUCGACCUUUGGAUAGAAAUUCAGCAGCUGCCAAAGCGCUUGAGCUGUUUAAAAAUAAUGCCAAACUCUGCAAUCCUCACCCCUCCAAGAAAGAAUCAUCUGACACCCCACAUUCAGACUCCAGUGCCAACGAAAACAUUAAUCUGGACAGUAAGAUGAGCGAUACGGACCUCUGUCCCACCAAGGAGGACUUCUCAGAUGUUCAUUAUCUCACAGAGAACACUGUAUGUAUGAUCCUGAGUUUCUGCGAGGAGGAAGGAGACUACUCCGCUCUCAUCCGCGUCAUCGGCAGGAUUUUCUCCAAUGCAGAUGCCCUGAUGAAGAGUUUCAGGAAGGAUGAACCCAAUGCUACUGAAAACCUUGACUCUUUUAAACCAACAGAUGUGGACAAGCAUGAAGAGCAGAGUGAGCAAACCUUAGAGAAGACGGGUGCUUCCUCUGCAGCUGCUUUACCAGACGAGGGUCCUAAUGAAGCGUUCGACCCUUGUGAGGUUACAGUGGACAUCGGCGCCGUGAGGAGAGUCUAUGACAGACUUCUAAACAUCGACCAGGUAGAGGCAGCUCUUGUAAAUGCACUCAUUUACCUCACUCCAAAUAUGGAACUUGACCUGGAAUACCUUGAUGUGUAUGAAACAAACCCAGAUUACCUGAACAUCUUCAUCAUCGUGCUGGAGAACAGUAACCUUCACAGCCCCGAGUACCUGGAAGUGGCAUUGCCGCAGUUCUGCAAAGCGAUGAGCAAGCUGCCGGUGACUGCGCUCGCCAGGCUGUCAAAGCUCUGGUCCAUGUACGGUCUCCCACACACCCGCCGUAUGAUGGAGACCUUCCAGCAGCUUAUCACUUUCACAGUCGUCAGCAAUGAAUAUGACAGUGAAAAUCUGGUAAAUGAUGACACGACUGUGGUGGCUGCGACCCAGUGUUUAAAAGUUGUCUUCUACGCAAGUAUCCUCGGUGGUGAUGUUAAUGUGGAGCACAACGACGAGGAAGAGGAAGACUUGGAGUCCGAUGAGCUCAGCCUACAUGAGCUGCUGGGUGAGGAGCGGCUCUAUAAGAAGGGUCCCCGGGUCGAUCCUCUGGAGAAAGAACUGGGUGUCAGACCUAUAGAUAGCAUAAGACCCCUCAUCCCCUUUGAGGAUUUUAUUAACGAGUCAGUGAACGAAGUGGUGGAGAUGGACAAGGAUUUCACCUUCUUCAAGGUCAACGCUGAAACCAAGUUUUCUUUCCAGACCUGCCCCUUCAUCCUCAAUGUCAUCACCAAGAACCAAGGGCUGUACUACGAUAACAGGAUCAGGAUGUACAGCGAGCGACGCCUCACGGCCCUCUACAGCAUGGCCCAGGGCCAGCAGCCCAACCCCUAUCUCAAGCUCAAAGUACGCAGAGAUCACAUCAUCGACGACGCCCUCGUCAGACUGGAGAUGAUCUCCAUGGAGAAUCCGUCUGACCUGAAGAAGCAGCUGUUUGUUGAGUUUGAGGGGGAGCAAGGAGUAGACGAGGGAGGGGUUUCAAAGGAGUUCUUCCAGUUGGUCUUGGAAGAAAUUUUCAAUCCUGACAUAGGAAUGUUCACCUACGACGACGACACAAAACUUUUUUGGUUUAAUUCAUCCUCACUGGAGAAUGAAGCGCAGUACACUCUCGUUGGACUCGUCCUGGGGCUUGCCAUUUACAACAACUGCAUCUUGGACGUACAUUUCCCUAUGGUUGUCUACAGGAAACUCAUGGGCAAGAAAGGGACCUACUUGGACCUGUCAGACUCACAUGCAGUUCUCUACCAGAGUCUGAAGGAGUUGCUUGAAUAUACCGGCAAUGUAGAGGAAGACAUGAUGCUCACCUUCCAGAUAUCACACACUGACCUUUUUGGAAACCCGGUCUUAUAUGACUUAAAAGAGCAGGGAGACCAGAUCCCUGUUACUAAGGAGAAUAGACAGGAGUUUGUGGACCUCUAUGCUGACUACAUACUGAACAAGAGCGUGGAGAGACAAUUCAAAGCCUUCAAAAAAGGUUUUCUAAUUGUCACAAACGAAUCCCCACUGAAAUAUUUGUUUAGACCUGAAGAAGUAGAGCUGCUUAUCUGCGGAAGCAGGAAACUUGACUUUGAAGCACUUGAAAAGACAACAGAAUACGAUGGAGGUUAUAGCAAAGACAGUCAAAUUAUCAAAGAUUUCUGGGAAACGAUUCACUCCUUUGGAGAGGAGCAGAAGAGGUUGUUUCUUCAGUUUACCACCGGCACAGACAGAGCACCAGUUGGUGGGCUCGGCAAAUUAAAAAUGAUCAUCGCCAAGAAUGGCUCUGACACAGACAGGCUACCAACCUCUCACACCUGCUUUAAUGCGCUGCUGCUCCCAGAAUACUCCUCCAAGGAAAAACUGAAAGAAAGACUCCUCAAGGCCAUCACUUAUGCCAAAGGAUUUGGGAUGCUGUGACAGAUCCACAAAGAAAGUUUUCUGACUGCAUUUUAAUAAAAAAGGGAGUAUCACAAAAAUACAGAGGGAAGUGACAUGAAACAAAAUGCUGCAAUAACCCCGUGCCUAACCAACCUCUACCAGUCAUACUCCACUGUCGGCCUUUCACUCUGAGGCCUAACUUCCUUUGAGAGUUACUUUCAUAUACAGUACAUUUGGUUUCCCAAAGAGUUUAACAUGGCACUUAAAUGAUUUCUUUUUUCUUGUGUGUUUUGUUUCUGGGCAAACGUGAACAAUAUUUGAUUUGUGAAACUGUGAAAGUGCACUUAUACACUGGAUUUUAGUGAAUGCCACAUAUAUACAGUAUAUUUAUUGACUUAGUCUGACUUUUCUCAUGUUUUUCACUUCCUCAUGGUGUAGCAGUAUUCAGUCCUCAGGCUCUAUUCCCACAACUGAGUGGACUGAGGAUAAUGGUGCUCCUCGGUUACAAUUGUCAUUGUAGUGUGUUGAGGUGAAGCUUUUUAUAUUACUGCUAACCCAAAUAGCCUCACUGACAAGCUUAUAUUUGAACUUUUUCCUGUCAGUAUGAGAACAAACUCACAUUAACCUAACGGUUAUUUUAAAGUAUUUCUGUGUUGUGCCUCUUGUAUUACAUAUAAAAUGAAUACUGUGUUUUGUGAAACAGUGAACCUGACCAGAUAGUGUGGUUUCGAUAGCUUGCAGGGUUUCACAAUAUAUUUACUGGCUGGUCAGGUUCAGACUUUCACAUCCUAAAAGAAGUGUUUCUCUUCUUUCGGUUUGUUUCUAUUAAGUGUUUUUCGAUUGCACACUUGUAAGUGCAGUUGCCAAAUGUGCAAUGCCCCUAUAAGGAAAAGAGUCACAUGAAAUGUUUUAUUUGGCCAAAUAUCUCAGGUACAUAAAGAAUGUGCAGAUAAUGUGAAACUCUUAUGUAAAUUAACUAUUAUGCAAAGUAAAUAAAGGUGAAAAAAUCUA